AUGGAUAGUCUUGGUAAUACGUCUGUUCAUUCAAGUGACAUUGAUUUUCCGUUAACAACCGAUGUUUCUACCGCUUUACCUUCUGAUACUAUUGAAGACGAACAAGUCACGAGACGACGCCGUGGAGGUCGUCCUAGGGUAAGAGGACGACCUCCAGAUUGUAGCAUUGACGAUAUUACUUACCCAAGGUGUCGUCGUGGGAGACCAUCUUUUGUUGUGUCUCCUUACUUUGUUGGUGACAAUGCUCAUCGGUAUUCACAACAUGGAAGUAUACAUGUCAGUGAGAAUAUUAUUACUUCAAAUUCGGUACCUAGCAUGGCAUUCUCAUCAGCCUGUACUGUCAACAUCGACGUGACGCGCACUUCCGAUCGGCCAUCACCUCAUAUGAUAAUUUCUUCAAGUACAACUAUUGGUAUUGACGGGAAUCCAGUUCAUUCGACUAUAAUGAGUAACUUGAAUGCACCAAGUACAACUAAUAACUCAGUUGUACAUUCGGUGGUACGAACUUAUAGUCUGCAUAAUGGUAGAAGUUCUGCUGUUUUACCUUCUAAUACCUUUGAUGCCCCAGCAGUCAGGAGACCAAGUCGGGGAGGUCGUCCUCGGGUAAGAGGACGACCUCCAACUUUUAGCAUUGACAAUAUUAGCUCCACAUGUCAUCAUCGUGGUAGACCCUCUUCUGCUAACUCGAAUGAUCGGAUUACAACAAAUAACUCUGUUGUACAUUCGUCCAUACCAACUGUGGAUAACGCAAGAAGUUCGUCUUCUAAUGCAUCACAAAUUAUACAAUCUCAACGUCGUAUGUUGUCGUAUUGGGAUUGUGGCGAUGCAACUCGCACAUGUAUACACUGUGAAGCUAUAUUAUGGUAUGAGGAGCGGACCAUUAAAACGUAUUCGCCAUCCAUUCCAAAAUUCUCCAUAUGUUGUAGUGAAGGGAAGAUUAAAUUGCCUUUGCUUAUGCAACCUCCUCAAUUGUUGUGGAACUUAUUGGAUUACAACGGUGAUCGACGUUCAAAAGUUUUUAGAAAACAUAUUAAGCUUUUAAAUCAUGUAACUAUGCUUCGACUGUUGGUUCAAGAACUCCUGUCUAUGCUAGAUGAGAAUAACUCAUUGGUUCAAGCAUUUCAUAUGGCUAAAGAUAGGUUCCAUGAGUCAUCAACACAGUCGGUUAAGAUUCGAUUAAUUGGUAACCGAACCAAAGACGGGAGACAGUAUAAUCUACCAACUGUAUCUGAAGUAGCUGCAUUGAUUCCAGGUGAUGGUAGUCCUAUACAGUCUCGUGAUGUACUUAUUGAGGAUCGUGGUGAUGGUACUGUGCGAAGGAUAAGCAAACUGCAUCCAUCUUUUAUGGCGUUGCAGUAUCCGUUACUUUUCCCAAAUGGAGAAGAUGGGUUCCAUUUAAAUAUCCCUUUAUCGAGUAAUUCUACAUCACACAAAAGAAAGAAUGUUACCUUGAGGGAAUAUUAUUGUUUUCGUUUGCAUUUUCGGUUAACUGAAGGUAAAACUCUACAUAAAGCCGGUCGUUUGCUUCAUACAUUCAUAGUUGAUGCUUACGCUGCAGUGCUUGAACAUGAUUUAGAAUGGUAUAAGAGAAACCAAAAGACUAUUCGUUCCGAGCUGUAUCAUGGUUUGACUGAUAGUUUAUGUAGAGGCGAAACAAGUGCUUCAUAUGUGGGUCAUCGAGUUAUACUACCAUCAUCAUUUAAUGGUGGACCGAAGCAUAAGAUACAACAAUAUCAGGAUGCAAUGGCCAUAUGCUGUUGGGCUGGAACUCCGGAUCUAUUUGUUACGAUGACGUGCAACCCUAAAUGGCCAGAAAUUGAACGUCAUAUUCAACAAAUGGUACCUGGUCAACCAAGUACCGAUCGACCUGACAUUGUUACGCAGUUGCCUUCUCAGGAAAAUGACCCAAUUGCUUUUGAAGCUGUUCGUAGUCACAUGAUGCAUGGUCCAUGUGGCCAACUUAACACUUUAAGUCCAUGUAUGCACAAUGGAAGUUGUUCUAAAGGGUACCCUAAGGAAUAUUGCGAUGAAACUUUCAUUAGGCGUGAUGGUUGGCCCUGUUAUAAAAGGUCUAACGAUGGUUCGAAAGUUAAAGUUGGUAAUGAGGAUAUCAUGCUUGAUAACCGAUACGUUGUUCCUCAUAAUGUCGAUUUGCUUGUCAAAUAUGGUUGUCAUAUAAAUGUUGAGUAUUGCAACCAAGGCAGUCUGAUUAAGUAUCUUUUUAGUUACAUUAAUAAAGGCCAUGAUCGUGCCACUGUUGUUUUGGAAGGUCCAGACAGAACACGAUCUUUUAUAUCGAUGUUGCACAACGAGAAUGAGAUCGAAGAAUAUAUUAAUUGUCGUUACAUUUCUGUAUCAGAAGCAUGUUGGAAAUUGUUGGGAUUUGAGAUACAAUAUCGCUCGGUUGCAGUAGAAAGACUACCAUUUCAUGAAGAGGUAUUAGUCAAAUAG